AUCUCCAUUACGCAAGCUAUCCACACCGCAGAGCUCAUUGCGUGGCUGUGACGAUGGUUUGGCCGCUUACGUUAAAGCUUCACUCUCCGGUCUCCAUAUCAAACGGGUGGAGGAGGAGCGGCGCGGGACGAUGAACCGAGGCCGGAAACCAGCCCACGUCCCUCGUCUUCCUCCUCUAAUGAUCUCUUUGAACGAAGCGCGCAAUCUAAGCGUCCCGUCCUUGCAUGAUGCCGGCCGCUUGGGUUCGGAGCAUAGGCAGUCUCGUGCGGUCCAACAGGCGCAGGGCCGCUCUCAGACCCGCCAUCGUCCUCUCCAGCCUCGACAGCAGAAACACUCCCACCAAAUCUUCCGCGCAAAAUUCCCUUCCAAGGCCCGACAAGAGCUCCUCUCGCGUCUCUGCUGCCCCGAGCACGCUCACGGAAAUGGAUCCGAUGGAGCGGCUGACUUCGGGGUUCCAGCGCUUCAAGAAGGAGGUCUACGAUUCAUGGUGUUUGCGUGCGCGGAUUCUCGUGUGUGCCCGUCCGUGGUGCUCGACUUCCAGCCCGGGGAGGCCUUCACCGUCCGCAACAUUGCCAACAUGGUCCCUCCGUAUGACCAGACGAGAUACUCCGGGGUUGGGGCUGCCAUCGAGUACGCCGUCCUCCAUCUCAAGGUUGAGAACAUUGUGGUGAUCGGCCACAGUCGUUGCGGUGGAAUUAAGGGGCUUAUGUCUAUCAAAGAAGAUGGCACCAGAAGCAGUGCCUUCAUAGAGGACUGGGUGAAGGUCUGCUUGCCAGCAUUGGAGAAGGUGAAAGCAAAUCACUCAGCCUUGCCCUUCGAGGAUCAAUGCACCCAUUGCGAAAAGGAGGCAGUGAACGUCUCUCUCCACAACCUGAAGACGUAUCCCUUCGUCAAAGAUGGACUGGAGAAGAAAACACUGAAACUGAUCGGGGCACAUUACAACUUCGUUGCCGGCAGCUUUGAUAUCUGGGAGGUAUGAACCGGAGGCUUAAAGGAGCUCUCAUUGUUGUCGUGCCAGCAUGCGCUUAACUCGGGGUUCUAACAUGGCAAUGUACCGUUCAUCGUUGUACCUUGUUUUCCUUGGAAAAGAAACAUCAACAUGUAUGCAAAAUUCAUCUGUGAUCUGAUAUGGAAGUCUAGCAAGAACAGUUCCCGACAA